CCCCUCGCCAACAUUAAAAAGAAAAAAAAAAAUGAGCAGAGAGCACAUUUUCAUUGAAUUUCAGGCUUCUUCCAUGUUCCUCUCAUCAUUUAUUUCCACCUGGGUCUUCCCUCGUUUUCUCUCUUCUCAUUGUUUCUAGCUCAUUCUUCCAUUUUACUUUAAACUCACCUUUCCAAAUCCAUACUUCAUCAACUCAAAAACUCAAAUAAAUCUGGGUUUUUAGAUCUUUGGGAAUCUCACUUCUUGUGAGUUUCAUGUUUUUUUUUGUAUUUUUCUUGUAUUGGAGGAGAGGGGUUUUAUACUCAGGACUUCAGGUGCAAGGGUGAAUUUUUCGUUCGCUUAUAAGUUUCAAGAUCUAGGAAGAAAACCCCAUUUAGUUUUAUUGUUCAUAUCUCAUUUUUUUUUUCAUGGAUCUUGGAAGCAAAAGCUACUUGAUCCACGUGUCACAAGCUCUUCCUCCAACAACUCCGGGAAGCUCCAUUUUUGGAACUCCGAUUCACCAUUCCGACACAAGCUUCCCAAUUAUAGCGGUUGUCGUUAUAGGAAUUAUAGCCACAGCUUUCUUGCUCGUCAGCUACUACAUCUUUGUUAUCAAAUGCUGCCUCAACUGGCACCGAGUCGAUAUCCUCGGACGAUUCUCUUUGUCGCGUAAUACGCGGGACGAAGACCAGCUAAUGGUGUACUCCCCUGGGAUAGAGACCCGGGGGCUUGACGAGGCGGUGAUCAGAUCAAUCCCAUUGUUGCAAUUCAAGAAAGAUGGAAAUUACAGAGGACUUGGAGAGGGAAGCUUUUACGAAUGUGCGGUUUGCUUGAAUGAGUUUCAUGAAGACGAGAAGCUUCGCAUCAUACCAAACUGCAGCCACGUUUUCCACAUUGAUUGCAUUGAUGUUUGGCUUCAAAGCAAUGCCAAUUGCCCACUUUGUAGAACAAGCAUUUCAACUGCACCCCGAUAUCCUUUCGGUCCAACUGUCGCUCCAAGCUCUUCUCCCCGAGAUCCAAGUCCAAACGCAGGUAGCCUCAGUGGCGGUGAUGAAGACUACGUGGUGAUCGAAUUGAGCAACGAUAACUCGAUGGAUCAACCAAUGCUUGGAAGACAAGAAAUAUUGAAUUCCGGGGAGUUAUCACUAUCACUAAGGGCUAUUAGUCCUUCACCAAGGAAAUUGGAACAUAAAGUUUUGCCCAAGAAAUUUGGAAGAAAGUUUCACAGCAAGGUUACAAGCAUGGGGGAUGAAUGCAUUGAUAUUAGAGGGAAGGAUGAGCAGUUUUCGAUCCAACCAAUAAGGAGGUCUUUCUCAAUGGACUCAUCAGCUGAUAGGCAGCUUUAUUUGGCAGUUCAAGAGGCAAUGCAGCAGCAAAGGCAAGUCAAUGAGGUCAGUCCCAUUGAAGGUUGCAGUAGCACUGGUAGUGGUAGAGUUAGAAGAUCUUUCUUUUCUUUUGGCAAUGGUAGGGGAACCCGAAAUGCAAUUCUGCCUGUUUAUUUGGAGCCAUAAGCCAAGUUUUUUUCUUUGUAUUUUUGCAAGUUUUUAGUGUUUUUUAUGAGAUAGAAAUUUUGGAUGUAAUAUUGUGGAGCUUACAUGAUUUGUUAAUGUUACAUAACCAUAUUCAAUUAAAAUUUGAAAGCAUUGCUUUA